AAAAUACAAUACAUAGAAAAAUUAACCUGACUCCUGUUUAUUUAACAUCCCGGCCGCCCGCUUCACUUAUCCCGCACUGCCUGCAACAAGCAAAGAUCAUCAUGGCCGAUGAAUGCUAGGUCUUCUAUGUAUAUAUGGGUGUGUAUGUGUGUCUUGUACCCAAACACAACCCAUCGGGUAGGGGACAAUACGCCAGCAUACUUUCGAACACACGAGGAGGAAUGGAGUCGCGCGACGACCUGGACCUGGCACAAACAGCUGCGUUGGCACCUACUCCAGGAGAACAGAAUAUCGGUCGGGGCGCAGAGAACUCGUUGAAACGCAAGGAGCGGCUGAAGGCGUUACGGGAGCAGCGUAAGCGAAAACUUGCCGACGGGAAGUACAGGGAGAUCGAAAACGAAGAAACCGAAGCUGUUAUCACAAGCGACGGUACUAAAGAUCAGCUGAAAUCAGGCGGGAAACCUAUUGUAGGAGGCAACAAGCUGGGCGGAUCGGUAUCCUUGCCAAAACCCGUCUUCCGAACGUACCGACCCGCCGACGACUGGCUCAAAAAGUUCGAGCUGCCUGAUAGCCAGCCGGAAAAUAUCGAUCAGCAGGUAAAGGAAAACCUGGCUGUUGUCGCUGCAGACAAUAUCCUCGAUAAAGAUAUCAACAUCAGCACCCUUCAGAGUCACAAGCCUGAUUGGGAUCUAAAGCGGGGUAUUGCCAAGCAGCUGGAUAAGCUCGAACGUCGCACGAAGCGUGCCAUAGCUGAGCUGGUUCGGGAACGACUCCAAGCAAACAAAGAUAUAAACGUGGCCCUUGCUCAAGCAAUUUCUAAGGUGCAACCACAGUCUGUCGAAGACUCAGACGAUGAUUAAACGGAGUAGCCAUCAAC